CCCAGGAGGGGACAGUGGAGCAGCCCGGUCCAUGAUGGCUUGGUCCUCAGUGUUCCUUGGUGUCAUCAUCUUGCUGUCUGCCUUCCCAGGGCCUAGCACUGGGGGCCGCCCCAUGCCAAAGCUGGCUGAUCGGAAACUGUGUGCUGAUGAGGAAUGCAGCCAUCCCAUCUCCAUGGCUGUGGCCCUUCAAGACUACGUGGCCCCCGACUGCCGUUUCCUGACCAUACACAGGGGCCAAGUUGUGUAUGUCUUCUCCAAGCUGAAGGGCCGUGGGCGGCUCUUCUGGGGAGGCAGCGUUCAGGGAGAUUACUAUGGAGAUACAGCUGCUCGUCUGGGCUAUUUCCCUAGUAGCAUUGUCCGAGAGGAUCAGACCCUGAAGCCUGGCAAAAUCGAUGUGAAGACAGAUAAGUGGGAUUUCUAUUGCCAGUGAGCUCAGCCUACCGCUGUCCCUGCCGUUUCCCCUUCCAGGCUUCAUGCAAAUACAUCAGCCGAGUGCAAAC